AUCGUCACUUCCUUUGGGAAUCUGAAGUGUCCGGAGUCUCAUCGAGAGGCCCAAACUCCCAACUCUGUGCGUGCAGUGCAAGAUUCCUCUUUGGCUCCUCCUCUGAGAGCGACGCGGAGAGAGAGAGAGAGAGAGAGAGAGAGGGAGGAGGGAUCCUGCCGCUUGGCUGUCUAGGGGUUAAAACUCGUUUCCUAGAGAGGAAGGGAGGGGGGAUGAAGGGGCGGGGUCCUGCAGAAGAAGAAGAAAACACCUCCCUGCAAAGUCCUUUCCUUCCUGGCCUCUCACGUGGGGCUUGAAAGUGGCCUUUGUCUUUCCCAAGCGCUGCGUCGGUGGCCCCGUUGGGGAUCUGCAUCCAGCAACUCCAGCAGGGAGAGAGGCAGGACAAAGAGGCCCCUCAAAAUCGAAACCAACAGGGCAGUUCUUCUCAAAGAAGCCAAGGCGAAGGAGCCAGGGUGCAAACGCAACCGGUAUCAGGCAAAGUGGACGAGGCCAUAAGCAAAUACUGGCUGUUAGAACUCAUCUGGCCUUGUAGCAGGAAGAUGUUCCUCUAUCACCGAGGCUGUGAGCAGUGAGGAAUUCUGGGAAAGAACCAUGCAGAAGGUCCCAGCUGAGGAGGACACCCUCUGCUCAGAUGUGCAGCGCCAACAGCUCAGGCAUUUCCGCUACCAGGAAGCCAAGGGCCCCCGGUACAUUUGCAACCAACUCCACCAUCUCUGCCUACAGUGGCUGAAGCCAGAGCGACACACAAAGAACCAAAUCCUGGACCUGGUGAUCCUGGAGCAGUUCUUAGCUGUCCUUCCACCAGAGAUGGAGAACUGGGUGAGGGAAUGUGGAGUGGAGACGAGUUCCCAGGCGGUGGCCCUGGCAGAAGGUUUCCUCCUGAGCCGAGCAGAAGACAAGAAACAGGCCAAGCAGCAGGGAAAGGAUCUCUUUGCAGAAACGGGCACCAAUUUCCUUGAUGCCGCAAAGCUUCCAUCAGACACCUUUCAGGGCCCAUUGGGGAAUGAAAUGACACCAGGGAGACCUCCUCAGCUGUCUCUCUAUUCCGAUGGAGGGGAAGCAGCUGCUGUGGAACCAGAUGAGCGUCCAGUCUCCCUUGCGGAUGUGGCUGUGUCUUUCACGAAGGAGGAGUGGGCACUGUUGGAUCCUGACCAGAAAGCUCUGCAUAGGGAAGUCAUGGAGGAAAAUGGUGGGCUCGUGGCCUUUCUCGAAAGUGACAAAUUGAAAACCAAGAAUAAGAGAGACCGUGGCAAACUUCACACAGUUGGGGAGCGUGCAGAGAACUUAACUCCGAAUUCCCAACACAGAAUUCACACCGGGGUGAAACCAUAUAAUUGCUUGGAAAGUGGAAAAAGUUUCAGUCUGAGCAGCCAUCUCACUAACCAUCAAAGAAUUCAUACAGGUCAGAAACCAUAUCAUUGUGUGGAAUGUGGAAAGAGUUUCAGUCGGAGAGACAGUUUUGCUUACCAUGAAAAAGUUCACAGCGGGGAGAAACCAUAUCAUUGCUUGGAAUGUGGAAAGAGCUUUUGUGCAAGCACAAACCUUUAUCGUCAUCAAAGAAUCCAUAGAGGGGAGAAACCAUAUCAUUGCUUCGAAUGUGGAAAGAGCUUCAGUCAGAGCACCAAUCUCACUUCCCAUCAAAACGUUCAUACAGGGGAGAAACCAUAUCACUGCUUGGAAUGUGGAAAGAGCUUCAGUCAGAGCAGCAGUCUCACUUCACAUCAAAAAGUUCAUACAGGGGAGAAACCAUACCACUGCUUGGAAUGUGGGAAGAGCUUCAGUUGGAGAGACAGUCUCACUUCCCAUGAAAAAAUUCACAGCAGGGAGAAACCAUAUCAAUGCUUGGAAUGUGGAAAGAGCUUCAGCUGGAAGAAAAGUCUCAUCUCCCAUCAAAGAAUUCAUACAGGAGAGAAACCGUAUCAGUGCUUGGAAUGUGGAAAGAGCUUCAGCUGGAAGAAAAGUCUCAUCUCCCAUCAAAGAAUUCAUACAAGGGAGAAACUGUAUCAGUGCUUGGAAUGUGGAAAGAGCUUCAGCUGGAAGGUAACUCUCAUCUCCCAUCAAAGAAUUCAUACAGGAGAGAAACCGUAUCAGUGCUUGGAAUGUGGAAAGAGCUUCAGCUGGAAGAAAAGUCUCAUCUCCCAUCAAAGAAUUCAUGCAAGGGAGAAACCAUAGAAAUGCUUGGAAUGUGGAAAGAGCUUCUGUCAAAGACACCAUCUCACUUCCCAUGAAAAAGUUCACAGUGGGAAGAAAUCCUGUCAAUGCUUGGAAUGUGGAAAGAACUUCAGCCGGGAGGAAAAUCUCACUUCCCAUGAAAAAAAUCACAUAGGAGGGAAACCAUAAAUGCUGUGGCAGCUGGUGGUCACUGAGCCUGGCAGGGCUGCUAGGAUGCCAUGGAGACACAGCCAGUGAGGUCACAGAGGUUUAGGCAAGUUGGGAGGUGAUUAUAUACUGAUUAUGGGGAAGGGUUCAGUCUCAGGAUUCACGUGUACCUUUCUGUGCAGAAUUGCUCUUUAAUUGCUUUAAUAUAUUUUUUAAAAAGUUUGCUUGUUUGGAAAAGGAAAGGAAAGCACUGGAAGAAGAAAGUAUAAGAAUCCAUUGCUCUGUUUCCUCAACACAUGGUGUCUUAAGGACAUCAAAAAAUGGCUGCUCAUUCACAGUCAAGGCAGGGGAAAUACUGGCAAUCGGAGGAUAUCAAGCUGCUUUUUCCAUUUAUUUCAGCCGAGGGAAGGGCAAACGGAAUUCUGGCCAGCACACCCUAAUAAGCAGAACACUAUUCUGGCACGUUUUACACACACGUCUUGAGGCAGGAUAUGUCUGGUCUCCAGGCAGGCCCACUCACGAUUUAAAUUGUAUACAAACAUUUUUUUAAAGUUAUGCAGCGCCGUAGGGGGUGCCUGUGGCCAAGUCAAGGAGGUUCACAUCCUCUGGGUUGCCGGGGGAAGCUGAGCUGAGCUGAGAGGACAGGAGGCCACCAGGUGUGCAUCAUGCCUUUACUUUCCCCAUAGAAUCAGAAGAAUUAACUUUAGCAUUCAGAUAUAGUAGAAAACCGUUCCUUCAGACCAUUCAUUUUUGCAAUGUAAUUAAAUUGGUAAUUUUAAUGUAUUUAUUGCAAUGUAAAUAGUAUUUCCUCUUUCUGUUUCUGUUAGUGUGCGCUUCUGUGCCUGUAAGAGUGGUAUUCAAUGCUAGUUCUACUCAGAGUAGACCAACUGAAGUUAAAGGGCAUGACUAAUUUAGGUUCAUUCAUUUCAGUGGGUUAGGUGAAUAUGAAUUCAACUGAUCCAUUGAAUGCAACCCUAGGAUACUGCAGAUCUUAGCUUUUACAUCAUAUAAAAACUAGGGAAUGCCUUCUCUAAUUUCCUUGGAGGCUUUUUUUGGCAAAGGACCAAUCUAUUCUAGCAACAAAGCGUUUUAUUUAACUAAUAUAUAAUAUUAAUACCAAACUUUUAUUAUGUGUUUACUCUUUUUUUUAAGGUUCUCCUAUGAUGCUUUGCAUUUCAAUGUUAUGUCGUUAGGCCAGGGCUCCUUUGGACAGCUGAAUAAUUUGUAGAGCUGUGCACCGGAUGCAGCUGAAUCACAAACGCAAUGUGGUCGAUUUGUGAUGUGUCCGGAUUGAGUUGAAGCAGCUACAGAUGUCUACCAAAUUGAUCAGCUGGUGUUGAAUUAUUUGUAGAGAUUUGUACAGAUCUAUAGCUCAAAACAGUCUCUAUUUAAGCCAGAAAGACAGUCAUUGUACAACUUUCAGCGAAUACUGAAGAUGCCACUCUUCACUCUGGCCUUUGACACCUGAGAUGUAUAUUUUUAGGAUCCACCCUAUUUUCUGUGAUGUUGUUUAGGUUGUUUUAAACUGCUUUUAAUCGUUUGUUUUAAAAUUGUUGUAAACCGCCCUGGAACUCUGGGUGAAGGGCGGGAAAUAAAUCCUUAUAAUAAUAAUAGUCCACCAGCCUGUUUUCCUUUGGCUGGUUGUCGCCUGCCUGCCCAUUUGCCUGCUUCUCGCCCUCACCCACCUGGCUGUCUUCAAUCUCCCCACCCCUUUCUUGAGUUGUUGUCACUCUUCCCACCUCCUUUCCCUCAGGCAAGCAACCCAUCUAAACACUGAGCCUUUCUCCAUCUUGAGGACAAGACCCAUUGGGAAGGAAAGGAGAAAGGUGCCCUGCUGCUGUCGUUGGGUGGUCCCCAGCCCCAGGGAAGGUCUGAUGAAUGGAUGGGUGAAUGAUGGCCUCCCAGAGCAGCCACAGCAGUGGGGGGGCAUAAGGUGGUGCUGUUGCCACCUCCUCCUCGUCGCCAGCUACUUUGCUGGUAGGGGUUGGUGGGUGGCACAGGUGAGGCAGCUUUGUGCCCCUGGCUUCCACCAGUACGCACUGCUACCACUGACCAAGAGAGGGAGGGGCGAGACGUGGGGACUUCAACGUGGUGGCAGCACAGCAGCGGGAGUGCUUGCUCUUCAGAAGCCAGGGAGCCUCAGGCACCGUGGGGCUGACACUGGGGUCUUGGGCUUCCCUCAACCUGCUUUCAUUGGGUGCACAUACACACUCCAUUGCCAGCGUGGUGACAGAUGAGUACAAAUGUACUGAGAGAUCCACUGUUUUCAUUGACUGUUUCUGUAUCUGGGGUAUCCCAGGUGCUCCCUGCUAGAUGGCGUGUCCAGGAUUCUGUGGCCGCCCACCCCAUGGGGGAAAGGACAGGGAGAGAGACCCGGAUGGAGAACUUUCACUCUGUAUCAGAAGAUGGGCUCAAGAGCAGGCAGCCUGCACAAGGAUUCCCCACCCAGUAUUGCAGGAGUGGGAACCUGGUUAGCUCCAAGGGCCACAUUUUUGUCUUUGUGAAGUUGCCUGAUUGUCAGGUGUGUUCUCCCUCCCAGCUAUCAAGAUGCCUUGUGCCAGGUUCCCAGGCAUGCAACAGCUAGGUGGCUGUCGGGCGCUUUUGAACGACAGCGCAGGGGGCAUCACCAGCCCUAUGCCUAGGCAGUUUGGGAAGCUCCAUGCACGGGGCUGGCAAAGUGCGGCUUUCUCCCCUCUUCAUCAGGUGACAGGGAGAGAGAAGCAAGCCUGCAUUUUCUUCCUUCUCAAACUGGGGGGGAAGUAACGAUAAUGGUUACACUGUCUACGAGAGGUGAUGUUUCAUUUU